AUGGAUAAAUUUUUGAUUAAGAAACCACGUUCUAGUAGCGAUCUAUCUGUUAGUUCACAUGUAGCUCCAGAAGCUCAAAGAGAGACAAUUACAUCUUCUUCUUCAAAUGUUGAUUGUAUUCUUGGGGUUGGAUCUCUCAAACGGGAUCCCGGAGAAAGAAAACCCAUCUUUGAAUAUGAUUCUAAUAUUCGAGAUGUUGUGAGGAGACAUUAUAUUUUGAUGGGGCCUUAUCAACCAAAACUUCGUGUAUAUCCUAAAACAACAUUUGGGACUAGUAAUCGGCAAUUUAAUCCUGAGUGGUUUAAUGCUCCAAAUUCUGCUUGGUUGGAAUAUAGCAUAGAUGAUGAUGCUAUAUUUUGUUUGUGUUGUUAUCUCUUCAAGAAUGAAUUUGAAAGUCGUGGUAAUGCGGGAAAAUCAUUUACACAAGAUGGUUUUAAGAAUUGGAACCAUGGUCCGGAAAGGAUUCGAUUGCAUGUUGGUGAGGUGAAUAGUAUUCAUAACAAAUGUUUGAAUAGGAUGCUUGAUUUUGCGAAUCAACGUCAAUCAAUUCAAUCUUCUCUUCACAAGCAAAGUGAAAAAACAAAAAGUGAUUAUCGAAUUCGUUUAAAUGCCUCAAUCAAUGUGGUAAGGUUUCUCCUAAGAAAUGGAUUGCCAUUUCGUGGUCAUGAUGAGAGUGAAGAUUCCGAUUACAAAGGUCUUUUUCUUGAACUUUUGAAAUUUCAUGGGGUUAAUCGUCCGGAUGUGGAAAAGGUGAUAUUACAACAUGCUCCAAAAAAUGAUAUGAUGAUUUGUUCAACAAUUCAAAAAGAGAUUGUGGAUGCUUGUACUAAAGAAACAAUUAAAGCUAUCAUCAAAGACUUGGAUGGUGAUUAUUUUGGAAUACUAGUUGAUGAGUCAAAGGACAUUUCACAUAAAGAGCAAAUGGCACUAGUUUUACGAUAUGUUAACAAAAACGGAGAGUUGAUAGAAAGCUUUUUGGGUAUUGUUCAUGUGGGUGAUACAUCCGCAAAAUCAUUGCAAAAAGUAAUUUACUCUUUACUUUUGGAUCACUCGUUAUGCCUAUCAAGACUCCGUGGACAAGGUUAUGAUGGAGCUAGUAAUAUGCAAGGAGAAAAAAAUGGCUUAAAGUCUUUGAUUUUGCAAGAUGCUCCGUCUGCAUAUCAUAUUCAUUGUUUUGCUCACCAAUUGCAAUUGACACUUGUGGCUCUUUCUAAAAAACAUCCGGAUGUGAAAAAUUUCUUUUAUGUUGUCACUAAUGUUUUGAAUACUAUUGGGACAUCUUUUAAACGCAGGGACUUACUUCGACAACACCAAGUUGAGAAGUUGGAAGAAUUGCUUAAAUUCGGAGAAAUUCUUACCGGACAAGGAUUAAAUCAAGAACGUGGCCUCCAACGACCGGGUGAUACUCGUUGGGGAUCCCAUUUCAAAACCUUGGAAAAUUUCAUGAUUAUAUUUUCUUCAAUUGCUAAUGUGCUUAAAGAUAUGAAAGAAAAUUCUCCACAUGAUCUUGAUAAACUUGCGGCAGGUAACCUUUUAGAUAAAAUUCAAGAAUUUGAAUUUAUCUUUGUGUUGCAUUUGAUGUUCAAGAUGUUGCUUCUUACAAAUAAAUUGAACAAAGCUUUACAAAAUAAAGAUCAAGAUAUUGUCAAUGCUAUGGGAUUGCUUAAUCCUUCAAAGAGAAGAUUACAAACAAUGAGAGAGAGUGGUUUGGAGUCUUUGAUGGAUGAGGUUUCUUCAUUUUGUGGUAAACAUGAUAUUUUGGUUCCCGAAAUGACUGAAGACUAUCCAAGAUCGAAGCGUAAGAAGUCCGAAAUUUCAUAUUUACAUCACUUUCGUAUGGAAGUGUUUUAUGCAGUUAUUGAUUUGCAACUUCAGGAGCUCAAUAAUCGUUUUGAUGUUGUGACUAGUGACUUACUCCUUGGCAUGGCUAGUUUGAAUCCGGUUGAUUCAUUUGCUAAUUUUAGUAAGAGCAGAAUAAUGAAGUUGGCCGAAUAUUAUAAAAGUGAGUUUGGUGAUAAUGAACUUCGAGAUCUCAGUUAUCAACUUGAUAGUUUCAUUGUCUAUGCUCGAGAGUGUGAUAGCAAGUUUCUCAACUUGAAGGGGAUUAAAGAUCUUGCUACGAUGAUGGCACAAACAAAAUUGGAUCAAACUUGGUCUCUUGUUUAUUUGCUUGUAAAGUUGGCUUUGAUUUUGCCUGUUGCUACGGCAAGUGUGGAAAGAGCAUUCUCCUCAAUGAAGCUCAUCAAAAAUGAUCUACGUAAUAGCAUUGGUGAAGAAUUUUUGAAUGGAUGUUUAGUUUGUAAGAUAGAGCGGAAGAUAUUUGAAAAUGUAAGUAAUGAUGCUAUUAUAGAUCGUUUUCAAAAUAUGAAGUCUCGUCGAGUACAAUUGUAA